AUGCGGAAUCAGGCGUAUCUGGCAGAAUUGGCGAAACAUCAACAUGAAUUGACAUCCUAUAGUGCGAAACAGAUGGAAUAUUUGGAUCAACAGAGAAGAUAUCAACAAGCUGUUAUUGAUCAUCAAGCACAAGCUGCACUCCUUAUGCAACAGCAACAACAGAAACUCAUCAAUGAACAGCUGGGUCACGCAAAAGUGAUGUACGCGAAACAACGAAAAGCCAUGGCUUCGAAAACUCACAAGGAACCCGAAAGAAACCACAAAUUGGGGGACAAAACACUGACCACGGAUGAAGAUUUGCGAGAAUAUUUCCGUCGAGAAUAUGGAAUGGAUAUGCCGAAAGAUGGAGAAUUGACUGAUGAUGAAAGAGAGACAUUGAGACAAUUGAAAGUGGAACUCGUACAAAAGAGGAUGGGAGGGGGAGGAGGAGGAGGAGGAAGGGGAGCAGGAGCACGAGCUGAGGCCGAUGAUGGCUCUCCGCAAGAGCACGGCGUGUGCAGUCUCUGUCAAUCUGUCAACUUUCGUAAGUUGACGGGUGGAUGGACCGAAAUGUAUGGAGAUGCGAAAGCCAUCAAACACACAUUCCGCACUAUUAAUGCUCUGAAUCAAAAGACAAGAGGCAGGAAAGGAACGUCCAAACCGGCUUGUAUCGGCAUUGAGGUGGGAAAAGCGGGCGGAAGUUCAGCUGAAGCCAAUUACUUCUAUCGAGAAUCUGGCGGCCAAGGGAAUGCGUUACGCGAGAUGCGAGGAGAAAUCAGAAAAACGGAGGAGCUGGAAGCUGGACUGUCGCUAGAGACACAAUAUUAUUCGGCUGACUAUUGCGUAAUUGCCGCGGAUUCUGGAUCGUGGCCAGAAUAUAUCUUGAUGGCCGAGACGAAGGGAUCGAAUGCUUGCAGAACCGUCCACGUCUUUGCGAGAAGUGCUUCUACCUUCAAAAAGUCAAACUUUAAUACUGUUUCUAAGCUAUUGAAAAAGUUGAUCUCAAAAUAUGGUAUCCACCCAUUGGCCCCGCUGCCUCAUCCCGAAUUAUGCGAACUGACUACGCCU